AAAUACAAAACUCCGGUAAAGCAAAGGUUAUGGAGAAACGAGGUCGCGAAUUGCAAAUCUUUUGAGUGGCGUUUGCGUUCGGCAGAAGAGCCUAUCGAAUCGAGAAGACAAAUAAUGGGGACGAGAGAAGUGUACGAGGAGAAGCUAAAAAGAGGAAAUCUCCACCACGAUCCCACCAUAAAUCCCGGCCUUGGUUGCCCCCGAUGUCCUCGUUGUCUCUCAACACUCGACCCCAACUCGGACAAGGGUGAGUGGACAAUUACUCCAGUUCUACAUGAUGCCACUGCUGUUGCUGGGUCGGGCAUUGGUGGUACACUUUGUGCGAUUCACGGUGUCAAUACAGGAAUCCCGUACCUUCAGAGUCGUGUGAAGGGACCAAAGUGGCUUCCUUUCUUAGUUGGGCUUCCCCCGCUACUGAUUUUCUCUGGUGCAAGUGCUGCUUUUGGAGGUUAUGCACUUCCGAGGUUUGCACAGCUUACUGUCACAUCCUACUAUGCGGCUUCAAGUGCCUCAAAUUAUGCGAUAUCACUUCUCACUCGAAAGAUUGAAGAGGCUCAUACUUCCCGCACUCAGCAGAAAAGGCUCAGAUAAUUUCUUGCUGCUGGAUAUAAAUUACAGGAUAUACCCUAUAUCUUCCAGUUUUGUAAGUAGUGUAACAUUUGACAUAUCUCAUUGUGUAGACAUAUGAGAAUGUAGGGAGUUUAAACAAGUCUCCAUUUUUGUAUUUGGAACAUAUUUUUUGAAUAACAUAUUUUGUUAAUGAAUA